UCCGAUUGACUUCCAAACAGAGUGUUGCUGGAGCUUGUUGCAAGCUUACUCAGUUCGAACGGUAAAACAGCAUUGUGUGAACUGCAAGAAUAGUUUAAACAAUUUCGUCCAUCAUGAAAGACUACGUAGGAUUAUUGCUCAUUGCAAUUACACUGUGCUACGUGUCGGCCGGAGAAAUUUCCUUGGAUCGAAAUUCCCGCAUAGUUAAUGGAUUAAAUGCCGCUAACACACCGUACAACGCGUAUGUGCUGUAUCUGAACUCUGCCAACUCUGGCUUCUUCGGUGGAGGAUCGCUGAUCUCUGAUCGUCAUGUGCUGACCGCGGCACAAAACAUUGCGGGCUUCGUUCGGUGGGAAGUUGGACUAGGGAGCACCGUGUUUGGGCAGCUAAAUAUUCAAAUCUCUAGCCAGGCCGUCGCACAUCCUAGUUUCAAUAUGGCAAAUCGGGCUAACGAUAUUGGAUUCAUUGUGCUGCCUCAACCAAUCGUCUUUACGGCACUGAUUAGUCCGAUCCAGCUGCCCAUCCAGGGGCGCAAUCUGCCGUACGAAAAUGAGGAAGGCAUGAUCGUUGGAUUCGGAUUCAACUCGGUUGGAGGCCAAGUUCGCUCCGAUUUUCUUAAGGUUGGCUAUCAGCGAGUCAUCAGCGAUUCCCGUUGCGUAGGUAUAUAUCAAAUCACGCUUCCGAAUCAUUUCUGUGCCGAAGAUAGCGUAAUGCGUUCCAACGUCUGCAAUGGUGAUCUUGGUGCUGGAUUCGUUGUUUCUGACCGACGGAUCGACACGCUGGUCGGAGUUGCUUCGCUCAUCACCGCCUCCUGUGACUCUACAUCACCAACCGGCUACACCCGUGUUUCGCAGUAUCGUCAAUGGAUCCGCGAUAAUACCGGAGUAUAAGAGGCCGUCCACAACUAGGUCCUAGAGUAUGUUUUCUUCUAAAAAUUUAACAACAAUUCUUGUAACAUGCUUCUAUCCGUUAGUUGGAGAAAUUGUCACUGCGCGUUGGCACAAUAUGAUUGCAUAUUCAAAGAAGUAUGAGACAGAUUUAAAUCAUUCCAAUUAAAUGAGGCAACAAAUAUAACAUCAAUAGUGAUAUCAGGUUUUCUUUUACCAUAUCAUGCUGUGAAUUAAAUUUUGUUUUCCACUCAUUUUGAUACAAUCACCGUAAUCGAUCUAGACUUGUCAGCUUUUUCUAAUGGACUGGUUAUUGUCCGCAUCGUGCUUGAAUGCGUAAGCGGCCACGCUAUAGAUGAAAUACACAUUUUUCAAAAAUUUAAA